AUGGCAUCCGUCCAGCAACCGCUGAACGGGUUUUGGGAGGAUCCGUCCUCGACGAGCAACUUCGAUGGCAUGUCUAUGGCUGAUCAUGUUCGCCGUGUGCAGGCCGACCUUGGAGAGAUAAAUGCACUCUACAACAUUGACAUUGCGCCUCGCCGUUAUGAAGCGACAGAGGGCUACCACAACAGCGAGCUCAAGAUGCUCGAAGGCAUCGACUUUGACGCCCUGGACCAAGAUGGAAAGGUCGACUACAUCAUGCUGUGGACCUUUCACAACCGGCAACUCAACAAUCUGAAGCUCAAAAAGGCCUCGAGAGAGCAGUUCAUUAUCAUCAUCCCUUUCGCCGACCAGCUCGUGGGACUUUUGGAAGCUCGUCAGGAUGUUAAGCCACUGAUUGCCAAGGAUGCUGCUAAGACACUGAAUGAGAUUACCAAAUCUGUUAUCGAGGUCCAGGCAAAGGUCGAGGGAGGCGGCUUCGACGUCUCGGAAACCACUGGAUAUCUAGCCUCCCAAGCAAUCAAGCAGCUUCUGUCAUUGCUCCAAGAAUGGUUCAAAUUCUACGCCACCUAUGAUCCGCUCUUUGACUUUUGGGCGACAACACCCUGGCAAACACUCUUUGACGCUCUCACCAAAUACCAUACUAUUGUGCAGACCAAGCUCGCGGGAGUCAGUAACGACGGUGGGCAGGAUGCUAUCGUCGGGGAGCCAAUUGGCCGGGCUGGUGUCGAGAUUGAGCUCCAAGCCGAGAUGAUCCCCUACACCCCAGAAGAAAUCAUCGAAAUUGGCAACCAAGAAUUCGAGUGGUGCGAGAAGGAAAUGAUCAAACAGUCACAGGCGCUCGGCUACGGCGACGACUGGAAGAAGGCACUCGAGCAUGUCAAGAACGACUACGUGGAGCCGGGCAAGCAAACGGAGCUGGUGCGCGAACUCGUCGUCGAGGGCAGCAACUUCAUUACAGAGAGAGAUCUGGUAACUGUCCCGCCGCUGGCCAAUUCGACCUGGCGCAUGACCAUGAUCGGAGCAGAGCGCCAGAAGGUCUCGCCCUUCUUCCUCGGCGGUCCCACCAUCUGGGUCUCAUACCCCGUGGUCGAGAUGGAGCACGACAUGAAGCUCAUGGUGAUGCGAGGCAACAACAGGCACUUCGCCCGCGCGACGGCGUUCCACGAGAUGUUCCCCGGCCAUCGCUUGCAGCUGUACAUGGCAGACCGGUACAACUCCCACCGUAGAGAGCUCUUCGACACGCCCUUCUUCGUCGAGGGCUGGGCUCUGUACUGGGAGAUGCUGUUCUACGAGCGCGACGACUUCCACACCACGCCCGAGGGGAGAAUUGGUGCGCUGUGGUGGAGGAUGCACCGAUGUCUCCGCAUCAUCUUCUCGCUCAAGUUCCACAUGGGUCAGAUGACGGCGCAAGAGGCGGUCGACCUCCUGGUGGACAGGAUCAACCACGAGCGAAGCAACGCCGAGGGCGAGGUGAGACGGUCUGUUGAGGGCAGCUAUCCACCUCUGUACCAGGCUGGGUACAUGUUGGGAGCGCUGCAGCUGUGGAAGCUCAGGGAGCUGGUGGUGGACACGGGAGACCUGACGCAGAAGGAGUAUCAUGAUGCCAUCCUGAAGAUGGCCAUGCUGCCUGUCGAAAUGGUCAAGGCACUCAUCAUGGGCGAUGAACUGCAGCCGGAUUUCAAGACUAAAUGGAAGUUCUAUGAUUUCAAAUAG